AUGGCUUCUGUCUAUUACAAGAUAGCUGCCGAAAAAGCCGAGGUCAUUCAUUCGUCCUUCAUCGAGGCGAACGAGGCCUAUGAGCGAGGCGACCUGGAGACUGCCAUCAUCGCAUACAUGAUGGCUGCUGAACAAGGCUAUGAGAACGCCCAAGCAAAUGUCGGAUACCUACUUGACCACACUCGCCCACGCUACUCACUCCCCUCGAUCUUCCCCUUCCUUCGUCGCCGUGUGGAUGCCGCCAGUGAUGCAGCUCUUGCUCUUAUCUAUUGGACACGUUCAGCCAAACAAUCCAACACCGACUCGCUCGUCAAGAUGGGUGACUACUACCUUGAUGGUGUUGGUGCUGCGUCCUCUCCUGAGAAUGCAGCAGUCUGCUAUCAAGCCGCUGCCGAGGGAAUGUUGAGUGAGGGCAUGGCGAGUGCGCAAGCCAUGUGGAAUCUUGGCUGGAUGCACGAGAAUGGUAUUGGCAUCGAGCAAGAUUUCCAUCUAGCCAAACGCUUCUACGAUCAGGCGCUUGGAACAAACGCAGAAGCAUACCUGCCUGCCAAGUUGAGCCUUGCAAAGUUGAGGCUGCGCAGCUGGUGGAAUGGUGUCAGUGGUGGUAGUGUCAACUCUAUCAGAGAUGAGCCUUGUAAGUGA